AUGGAUAAAAUGAAUCUAGCUCAAAACAAUGGAUAGAUUCAAAAUCAAAAUUAGUUGCAAUCAAUCAUAGUAUGUCAUAACGGACUCCAAUCAACAUAUUUUAUUGGCAAUAAUCAUUUUCCUCAGAUAGACUAAACUACUAUCCCACCCGGAGACUCAGAUACGAGAAUUACAAGUAGGGACGUUUCACAGAAAUACUUCCCUCAUAUGGAAGGAAUGAUUCUUAAGAAAAGUCCACAUCAGAUAUAAGGAUGGUAGUAGAGAUGGGCAGUAUGUUCAGACAAUCGCUUAGUUUAUUACUUGCCAAAUAACCAGAACACUCCUUUUGGAAUUAUUGAUUUUAACAUAAUGACUUAUUCCCUAUAGAGGAUCAUAGAUUAACAUGGUAAUUUGAUCGAAUUUGUAUUAGUACCUAGUGGUUCCAGAAAAAACUUUAUAUUUAAGGCUAAAACAACUUUGGAAACACAGAAAUGGUUUAAUACCGUAUUCGAAUGCUGGAAAUCUUCUGAAGGGGCAAAAAAGAUACUAUAGAGUUUGAAUAAGUAUCCUAAAUUUUGGAGAACCGACAGAAUAACUUACGAAUAUUUCUCUUAGGUUGGAGAGGUUGGUGACAUUCUCCUAUUUAGAGGAAGAGGAAUCAAUUGUUAAAUUUAGAGAGGACUUACUGGUUCAGAAUAUGAUCAUGCUGCAAUCCUAUUAAGAUUUCAAUCUGGGUCAUUGUACAUGCUAGAAGCAACUGGAUAUUUUGGAGUGGGAUUGUGUUCCUGGAAGGAUAUGAUUGAAAAUAGAUGGUUUGAAUUGUAUGAAAAAAUAAUGAUAAGAAGAUUAGAUAUUGAUCGGGAUCAUUAAUUUAUAAGAACUGUUUAGGAGUUUGUGAAUGAGAAUAUGGGUAAUAAAUAUUAGCUCUAACCUACCCAAGUGUUGUAAAAUAAUCGUUCAGUUUAAUAGAUCAAUAAUUCAACUAAUAGAUAAUAAAGAACAUUUUUUUGUUCUGAAUUGAUUGUGGCUUUGUAUAAAAAGUUGGGGAUCUUUGAUUAGAAAAAUUCUAUAGGACCAUAUUGGCCAGGAUAUUUGUCUUCUUUGAAUAGGGGGUUUAAUAUAUUAAAGGGAAAAUUACACGCAGAAUAAUUGAUCGAUUUUAGUGAAAUCUGA